AUGAGUAACUUCAGUGUCGUCAGGGAAUUUGUGCUGCUGGGGUUUUCACAUCUCCAUGAGUUCCAGAUCCUCCUGUUUGCAUUCAUCCUAUUGAUAUAUGUGCUAACAGUACUGGGGAACCUGGCCAUUAUCACCCUCACAUGCCUUGAUUCCCACCUCCACUCACCCAUGUACUUCUUCCUCUGCAACUUCUCCUUCAUGGAAAUGCUGGUCACUUCCACCGUGGUUCCUAGGAUGCUGGCAGACCUGCUAUGCACUCAUAAGACCUUUUUCCCGGCUGAGUGCCUCACCCAGUCUUUCCUUUACUUCUCUUUGGGUUCCACCCACUUCCUGAUUCUCACAGACAUGGCCUUCGAUCGCUACGUGGCCAUCUGCCGCCCUCUGCACUACCCAACCAUCAUGAAUGGUCCCAUGUGUGUGAAGCUGGUGGUGGUCUGCUGGGUGGUCGGCUUCCUCUCCAUCGUGUCCCCCACCCUGCAAAAAACACGGCUAUGGUUCUGCAACCCUAACAUCAUCAGCCACUACUUUUGUGACUCUGCCCCACUUCUCAAGCUUUCCUGCUCUGAUACCCGCCACACUGAAUGCAUGGACUUCUUCCUGUCCUUACUAUUUGUGCUGGCCACCAUGCUGCUGAUCAUAGUGUCCUACAUCCUCAUUGUGGCUGCAGUGCUGCACAGCCCCUCCUUCUCUGGGGGCCAGAAGGCCUUCUCCACUUGUGCCUCCCACCUCACUGUGGUGGUUCUGGGCAAUGGCAGUGCCAUCUUCAUCUAUUUGAGGCCAGGCAAGGGCCACUCCACACACCUCAACAAGGUGGUGGCUCUGAUGACUACAGUAGUGACCCCUUUCCUCAAUCUCUUCAUCUUCACCCUUCGGAAUGAGAAGGUCAAGGAGGUCAUUGAAGAUAUGACCAAAAGGCUCCUCUUCAGAGAUGCAGCAGUCCACAGAUGA